GAGGAGAAAGGUGACGACCGUAGUAACGAGAUAUACGUCAAGCACAAUCCGAAUCUUCACGGACCCCUUAAGUCCAAGAAAGACCGCAUGUUCAAUCUGACCUUCCUCAAGAAGUACAUCCACUACGCCAAGGUCAAGAUCAACCCCACGCUCACCACGGAAGCCACGCAGUAUAUUGUAGGCGAGUACACUCAGCUGAGAGAGAACAGAAGGGAAAAGUCGCUCCCCAUCACGGCGCGUACACUCGAGACAAUGAUUCGAUUGGCCACAGCCAUGGCUCGAUGCCGACUGUCCCAGGAAGUCACCAAGAAGGAUGCGAAAGAAGGCGUGGAUAUCCUUAAGUUUGCACUGUAUGCUGAGGAACCCGAUGCCGAGGAUGACGGUCUCACGUACGACAAUAUGGAGAAUCGCAAGGACGACGCCGAGAAAAAAGAAGAGAAGCGUAAGAGACGUGAGAAACGUGCCAGAAGAGUAUGUUUACUUUGGUUUUAUACAUGUGUAUACAUGUGA